UCUUCGAACAACAAAAUGAACAAAGUCAUACUGCGGAUUCUUGCGCUGCUGUUUCUUCUGGGAAUUGGUGCAGUAUCGGCGCAACCAGAUGGCCGCAUAGUCGGUGGAGCAGAUACCUCCAAUCGCCACACCAAAUAUGUGGUGCAGCUGCGCAGGCGCAGUUCACCGAGUAGCUCCUACGCCCAAACCUGCGGCGGAUGCAUCCUGGACGCCGUGACCAUAGCAACCGCUGCACAUUGUGUCUACAACCGCGAGGCGGAGAAUUUCCUGGUGGUGGCAGGAGACGAUAGCCGUGGGGGUAUGAGUGGGGUGGUGGUGCGAGUCUCAAAACUGAUUCCCCACGAGCUGUACAACGCCACCAUUAUGGAUAACGACAUUGCCCUGGUGAUUGUGGAUCCUCCCCUGCCUUUGGCUAGCUCAAGCACCAUGGAAGCCAUUGAAAUCGCCGCGGAGCAGCCAGCCGUUGGCGUCCAGGCCACAGUCAGUGGAUGGGGUUACACCAAGGAGAACGGCCUGUCCUCCGAUCAACUGCAGCAGGUCAAGGUGCCAGUUGUCGACUCCGAGAAGUGCCAGGAUGCCUAUUACUGGCGACCAAUCAGCGAGGGUAUGCUCUGCGCCGGACUAUCGGAGGGCGGAAAGGAUGCCUGCCAGGGAGAUUCCGGAGGACCUCUGGUUGUUGCUAACAAGCUGGCCGGCAUUGUUUCCUGGGGCGAAGGAUGCGCACGUCCAAAUUAUCCUGGCGUUUACGCAAAUGUGGCUUACUUCAAGGACUGGAUAGCCAGCAGAGUAUAACAGAGUGUAUAUACCUAACUGUUGUAUUAAAUGUCCAAUAAAAUAACGAACUACAAUCGA